AUGAAUAGCAAUACGAAGGGAAGAACAACCUUGGAGGUUGGAGCUGAUGGGGUGGCGCUCAUCACCAUCAUCAACCCACCUGUGAAUUCUCUGUCAUUCGACGUAUUAAACAGCUUGAAAGACAGUUAUGGGCAAGCUUUACGGAGGGAGGAUGUUAAUGCAAUUGUUGUUACAGGUGCAAAAGCCAAGUUUUCUGGUGGUUUUGAUAUCACUGCUUUUGGUGGACUCCAAGCCGGAAACACAACAGCACCAGCACAAAAGCCUGGUUAUGUAUCGGUGGAUAUUCUCUCUGACACUCUGGAAGGUGCAACAAAACCCUCCGUCGCUGCUAUUGAUGGCCUUGCCUUAGGCGGAGGAUUGGAGGUUGCUAUGGCCUGCCAUGCUCGUAUAUCUACUCCUAAUGCACAACUGGGCUUGCCUGAACUGCAGCUUGGUAUAAUCCCUGGAUUUGGAGGAACGCAGCGUCUUCCACGCCUUGUUGGCCUCUCUAAGGCCCUUGAGAUGAUGCUGAUGUCAAAGCCGAUUAAAGGAGAGGAAGCUCUUAGUGUGGGCCUUGUGGAUGCCAUAGUACCAAAAGAUGAAUUAGUAAACAGUGCUCGUUGUUGGGCCUUGGAUAUACUGGAGCGCCGAAGACCAUGGGUUGCUAGUCUUUACAAGGCUGAUAAGUUAGAGCCUCUUGGAGAGGCACGGGAAAUCCUAAAGUUUGCUAGAACUCAGUCCCAAAAACGUGCUCCCAAUCUGAAACAUCCACUCUCUUGUAUCGAUGCCAUUGAAGAGGGCAUAGUUUCUGGCCCCCGUGCUGGGCUUUGGAAGGAAGCUGAAGUGUUCCAAGAUCUUCUACAUUCAGAUACUUCCAAGAGCCUGAUCCACAUCUUCUUUUCCCAACGUGGAACCACAAAGGUUCCUGGCAUUACCGAUCUAGGUUUGGUACCAAGACGAAUAAAUAAGGUUGCGAUUCUUGGUGGAGGAUUAAUGGGAUCUGGGAUAGCAACAGCACUGAUUCUCAGUGAUUAUCCUGUGAUAUUGAAAGAAGUAAAUGAGAAGUUCCUACAGGCUGGGAUUGGUAGAGUCAGAGCCAAUUUGCAAAGCCGCGUCAGGAAAGGACAAAUGACUAGGGAUAAAUUUGAGAAAACCUUUUCUCUUCUCAAAGGUGUUCUCGACUAUGAAAGCUUUAGAAAUGUGGACAUGGUCAUAGAGGCUGUCAUUGAGAAUGUCUCUUUAAAGCAACAAAUUUUUGCUGAUCUUGAAAAAUACUGCCCUCCACAUUGCAUACUUGCGAGUAACACUUCCACUAUCGACUUAGACCUAAUUGGUGAGAGGACCGGGUCUCAUGACCGUAUUAUUGGUGCCCAUUUUUUCAGUCCAGCUCAUGUCAUGCCUCUUUUGGAAAUUGUACGUACACAAAAGACAUCUGCCCAAGUAAUUGUUGACUUGCUGGAUGUUGGGAAGAAAAUCAGGAAAACCCCAGUUGUUGUUGGGAAUUGCACUGGCUUUGCUGUCAACCGGAUGUUCUUCCCAUAUACUCAAGCUGCUAUUUUGCUUGUAGAACGUGGUACAGAUGUGUAUCAGAUUGACAAGGCAAUUACCAAAUUUGGAAUGCCAAUGGGCCCAUUCAGAUUGUGUGACCUUGUUGGUUUCGGUGUUGCAAUUGCUACGGGGGGACAGUUUGUUAUGAAUUUCCCUGAAAGAACUUAUAAAUCGAUGCUAAUUCCAACCAUGCAGGAGGAUAAGAGAUCAGGUGAAACUACUCGCAAAGGGUUCUAUAUCUAUGAUGAUAAUCGCAAGGCACGCUCAGAUCCGGAGAUUAAGAAAUAUAUUGAGAAGGCAAGGGCGAUUUCUGGUGUUACCAUUGACCCAAAGUUGACAAAAUUGUCGGAGAAGGAUAUUGUCGAGAUGGUAUUCUUCCCUGUGGUUAAUGAGGCCUGCCGAGUACUUGCUGAAGGUAUUUCAGUUAAAGCAGCUGAUCUGGACAUUUCUGCUGUGAUGGGCAUGGGGUUCCCGCCUUACAGGGGAGGAAUUAUGUUCUGGGCAGAUUCUGUUGGGUCGAAUUAUAUUUACUCAAGAUUGAAUGAGUGGUCAAAUAUGUAUGGAGGAUUUUUCAAGCCUUGUUCCUAUUUGGCUGAAAGAGGCGCCAAAGGGAUUCCUCUAAGUUCUCCAGUGGGGCAAGCAAAAUCUCGCCUAUAAGUUUGAUUUGUUGGUUGUGUUCUACACCAUGCUCUUCUUUUUUUUUUUUUUCCUCAUGUAUUUCCUUCUUUUGCUUUCUUGACGUUGUCUUUCUCAGAUGCUAGAAAGAAGGCUCAAUAAGUGUUCAAUAAAGCAUGAUUUAUGUAACGGCAAUGUUAUUGACAAGCGGGAACUUGGGAAAUAAUGCUUUGUAAUGAACUCACACUUUUGUAGUUGUCUUUUGAGAAGCGAC